AUGGACUUGGACUUGGAGAAAGAUCCUCUUCUCGGUUCGCACCCAACCGCCGAUAUGUCAGCUAAAACUUCGCUCAACGAGGACCAUAUCGAACUGCGGGUGGGCGAUGGAGCCGCCUCGCAACACCGAGGCACGGCAGUCGGCAUGCUUUCCAGAGGGCUCAAGGGGUUGGCGAUCCUGCUGAUUGCUUUCUUGGCCGCCAAUGGCUUCUGGGCGCUCGUGCGUCCCGAGCUGUACGGUCACAAUGGCUUGUUCUCCUUCAACGGCGGUGUCAAUAGCGAUCACGGCGGCCGCCACAGUCAUCGUCACCACCAUCACCACCACCACGAACACGGUCCUCCCCACGGUCCUCCCCACGGCCCCCCUCGUGGUCCUCCUCAUGGUCCUCCUCAUGGUCCUCCUCACGGUCCUCCAGGUGGACCUCCUGGCCAUGGACCCGAGCACCCCCCUCCUCCUCCUCACGGCCCGCCGUCGCACCCGCAUCCCCCUCCCCCGCCUCCUCCGCCUGGCAAGCCGGGACGUGGACCCGGUGGCGAUCGACCCGGGCACCCCUUCCCACCUCCGCCUCCUCCGCAUCACCCUCCUCCUCCGCCGCCUCCUCCCCGGGGGCCAGGCAAGGUGCAGGAGUGCUUCGACCUCAAGCCGGGCAAGACGCUCGAGAUCCGCUCGUCUCUCGACUGGUUUGGCCAGAGCGUUCAGGUAGCUCCGUCGUUUGCGGGCUCGAGCGUCACCUUUGUGUGGGACGGCCAGGUGGGUCCUCCCGGCCGUCCUCGUGGUCCACACCGCGACCUGACCGAAAGCAAAGAAAAUGGCGAAAAGCCCAAGGAGCCCAAGAAAGCCCUUGGCGAUGUUGUGUAUACGGUCGAGGCGCCGUCCAAGAAGGAGUGGGAGGAUGCUGGCAUCUCUGCACUCGAGCUCAAGAUCUGCACCACCCGUCGACCGGAUGCAACGGGUCUGGACAUCUUCAACGCGAGCGGCAUCCCGCCCAGCCAUGCUCGCAUCGACCCGGCUUUCGAGCGCAUCGCGCCGCUCUUCAACACCACAGUCCAGCUUCCCAGCCACUACGCCCGCACUCCCAUCCGCGCAGGAUCCUUCCCUUGA